CAAAAAGAAAUAACAAUAACAACUUUUGUUCACAUACAACUGUCAAUGGUUGCUGAGCGAUAGUUGUAAAAUUUGUGUUUCUUAUCUGGUUUUCCAAUUACCUAUCAUCCGGGUGCUUUGUAUAGAAAAUGGUUGUAACGAAGGACACAUAUUUACCAACUGAUGAAGAGCUCACCAUCCCGGAAGUCAAUCUUUCUGGGCCAGCCCUUCGAGCUGGUGCAUUUCAUCUAGGCAAGCACUGUGAGUCGGAAAACAAUGAAUUUAUGCUGUGUCGUCAGGAGUUGAACGAUCCACGAGCUUGUCUAAAUGAAGGAAAAGCAGUCACAAAUUGUGCCCUGGAUUUCUUCCGAAAAAUCAAGAAAACUUGCGCGCAGGAGUUUACUCAAUAUGCGAACUGUUUGGACAAAAGCAGUGGUGAUUUAAACUUUUCACACUGCCGAAAAACACAAGGCGUAUACGACAAAUGCGUUCUAGAAAAUCUUCAAAUCGAACGACCUGAAUACGGUUACUUUACUAGAGCCAAGGUUCAUGCCACUGAUCGUCCGGCGCCACCGAAAAAAGAGAAAACUAUUUAUCCGGAUGCAACGCCAGGUCUGCCCGACGAUUAUCCGCGACAAGCGGCAAAAUACGGCUCUCGUUUCCACUGGCUGGAUUGAACAGCUAGCCAUCAGUAACGCAAUUGUAGAAACAUUUCAAUUCGAUGCGUCUCACACGGCCGUUGUGUAGAAUUUGUCAAUGUAAUUAAAAAACAGUUUGAAAAAAUGUG